AGACACUGCGGCGGCGCCAGGGCCAGGGCUGGGGAAAGUCAGUCGGGAAGCAGACGGCUCAGUGACAGAUCCAGCUGGGGCUGGGGCUGGGGCUGUGGCGACGAUGGCGGAGGGGCCGGAAAAAGCCCAAGGCCGCCUUCCCAGGCAGCGCGGCAAACGGGAGAACCGUGGCGGAGGCCGCGACUCCGAAGCCUCCACUUCGAGCUCGUCGGCCGUCGUCCCUCCCCGGGACGAGCAACCAGGCCAGUCACGGGCCCCGGGGAGGCCCGAGGCGAAGAACCUCGCAGCUGCCUCCGCCUCGGAAGCGAGUCCGGAGCGCGAGCCCGGGCCAUCCGAGAGUGAGGUGGACCCCGGCGGCGGCGGCGGCGGCAGCGGCGGCGGCGGCGGCGGGCAAGCGGAGAAGCCGACGGCGCGCGAGUACUCCCGGCAGGUGCACGAGUGGCUGUGGCAGUCGUACUGCGGUUACCUGACCUGGCAGAGCGGCCUCCUGGCUUUCCCCGCCUACGGCAGCCCCCCGCUGCAGCCCCAGCCGCCGCCGCCGCAGCCCCAGUCGCCGCCGCCGCCGUCCUGCGCCCCGGGAAGCGGCAGCCCCGCCAACGGCCCGGCGGCCGGGCCCCCGCUCGCCCCGCUGGGCUACUACAAUCCCUUCUACUGUCUGGCCGCCCCGCCCGGGGACGACCCCGGGGCUGCAGCAGCGGCGGCGGCGGCUACGACCACGACCUCGACCUCGACCUCGACCCUCGCAGCCCCUCCUGCUCCUGCCCCUGCCGCCGCCCCCUCCCCGGGGCCCCGGGCUCCCAACUGGCAGGGAUCGGCUCGGUUAGCUCCGGUGACCAGGGCUGGAGGGGUCACCGCGCCGCGGCAGCAGCAGAACGAGAACGGGCGUCCUGCAGGUAGAGAAUAUGCUAUUCCAUCCUUGGCACACAGGUUUAUGGCAGAAAUGGUGGAUUUCUUUAUUCUGUUUUUUAUAAAGGCAACCAUGGUCUUAACUAUUAUGCAUGUCAGUGGAAUAAAGGAUAUUUCUAAGUUUGCUAUGCAUUAUAUAAUAGAAGAAAUAGAUGAAGACACAUCAAUGGAAGACCUGCAGAAAAUGAUGAUUGUGGCUCUUAUAUACAGGUUAUUAGUUUGUGUCUAUGAGAUAAUUUGUAUAUGGGGAGCAGGUGGAGCUACUCCAGGGAAAUUUUUGCUGGGACUUCGUGUUGUGACAUGUGAUACAUCAGUACUCAUUGCACCAAGCCGUGUUUUAGUGAUUCCUUCCUCAAAUGUUAAUAUAACAACGUCCAUUAUUCGAGCCCUGAUCAAGAAUUUUUCUAUUGCUUCUUUUUUUCCUGCUUUCAUCACACUGCUGUUUUUUCAGCAUAAUCGAACAGCAUACGACAUUGUGGCAGGAACCAUCGUGGUAAAAAGAAAUGGGGUUAGAUGAUGCCAAGAAAAAGCCCUGAGUUCUAAACUUUCUGUAAUAAUGACAAGACUAAAAUUAUGUUUGAGGCCAUCAGUAUCCUUGGGUUAGAUUAACUGGUGAUUUGGAAAUUAAACAUUCACUCCCAUGUGAUGCAGGUGACUAUCUUGAAAGUAUUGACUUUACUUGAAUGCCAAAGAACUUUACCAGAAAAGAAACAGUACUUAUUCAAUGAAAAAGUGUCGAGUUUUUCAAUUGAAAAGAAGGCAUGUAAUGUCACAAUCAACUAUGGACAUAUAUUUUCUCACAUUCUAAAGCAUGAUAAUUUGCUGGGAGUAAUUUCAGCCUUGAGUCUCCAAAUGAAAUUUCUGCAGCCUUUUGUGUUUAACACAAAAGGAUGGAGAAUGUCCAGUUGUGUUUUGUAAACACCUACAUAAUCCACCUUCUAGGUAACACCUCUUAGAAAAAUUGCAACCUUUAUUUUCUCCUAGGGGAUGAAAUUAAUUAUUUCAUCCUAAUAAUUGGUUACAUGAGAUGUGAAUUGGACAACGGAGGCUCAGGUUAUCAGUUAUCUCUUACCUAAAGCUUUUUAACAUAUACUGCAUUUUACUUAAAGAAUGGUGCAACUUUACCACUAUUCUAAAUAUUUAAUCCAAAUGUGUAUUUUGUGACAGGUCUUGCAUGAUGAUCACAAGUAUUAAGUCUAUUACUAUAUUAUCAGUGCUUUUUUUAAAGGAAGGUAAGUUAAUGAUUCCUUUUUAUAAAUGAAUCAAAAGCAAAAUUUCUACGGUAAAUUGAACUUUAUGUUGAUGUGCAAAUGUUUCAGUGCUCUAAAGGGAACACUGGACUAUAAAUACAUAGAAAGAAAUAAUCACUUCUUUUUGGUGGUAAAAAUGAUUACUUCCAUCAAGUUGUUGCAUAUUAACAGUAUGGUAUGAAACAAUAUUCUAAUUGUGUUUGCAGCAUGAAGAAAAUAUUAGUGUAUCUCAGUAUUCUGAAGUUGAAUGUAACAUCUUUACAAAUAGGAUUUUCACUCAAUAAUCAGUCCUCACUUUGUAUCCUUUAUAGUUACGUAAUUGUACUGUUGGAGUGAACUGCAUCAAUCUGUUGAAUAAAGAACCUCAGUAUUUCGUGAUAUAUUUACAUGCCAUUAUACUGUGAAAUGUUUGUAUUUUUCGCGAUACGAAAUAAUCAUUUGAAAAUCACUUGCAAAGGAAGUGUUGUCUUCAGACAUUGACCAGAGUUUGAAAGUGUUCUUUAGUUGCACUGGAAUUCCUUAAUCCUACCUAUUUAUUACCAGUGGGCCAAAAAGAAUUCAGUGGUUUCAUUUAUUCAGUUUACUAUUGACUUUGCUGCUGGUUACAGGGAAUACAGUAUUUAAGAAGUUAGGAAGAAUGGUAAGUCCAUGUGUUGUCAUUUUAUUCAUUCCACUGCUAAAAAAAAAAAAAAAUUUUGUUUCUUCUUUUUUGCCCCAGUUAGUGCUGUUGAGAUAUUUCUGAGCCAAAUAAACAGGUUUUUCUGGU